ACCGAGCGUAAAAUCAGGGACGCACACACAGUUCGGAUAGUGUGCGAAUAUAUCGCAUGUGUCUUUGAUGUAACGUUUUCGGCAAUUUACUCCGGCCUUCGAGGAGUAUUGAGGUUGUUAUCGAGUAAAUUGCGAUGGUGAGACGGCGGCAUGACAAGUGUUUUUUUUUUCGUUUCACGGUAGUUGUACGCGUCGACAGUCUGGAUUACUAGAUUGAGUUUGGAAGGGAGGAGUGUCAGUUUGGUUAGGAGACCUGACCUGAAUAAAGACAAGAAAAUCAAUUCGCCAACUACCAAGAAGGUUAACGUGAACGUACCCGGUAAAAAUGGCAACAAAUGAUUCAGUCCUGAAGGAUCUCACCCACCCCUGUCACAAUGAACAUCUUAAAGCCCACAAUGCAGUCACCUUCAAGCUUGUUAAGACAGUUUCAGACUUCAGUCAGCAGCUGGGCCAGCUGUACGAGCAGCACGCCGAGGAGCUCCACAUGCUGGUGUCGAACUUUCGAAAACGGAACGGCGAACUCAGGAAGGAGAGGGCAGCCUGCCCAAGUUCCCUUUUUCACACUUGGGAAACCCUCCUUCAAGAAGUUGAUAUCGAUUCCCAAGCCCUAGGUGAGAUUGGUUCCAUCCUGGGCCGUCAAGUAUCGCGGCCGUUGCUCGAGAGGUCCUUCCACAGGAAAAUUCAAUCCAGGAAAGUGUUUUCCCAUCGGGAAAGCUACGACGUCAUCAUCACCAAAACCGAGGAAAAGCUUGCAAAGUGCCGUCAGGAUUAUAAGAAUGCUUAUGUGGCGUACCUGUCAACCCCAACAACGGAAAGCCUGAGUUGUUAUUUCAACUGUCACAACGCUUACAUACAGCAGCUCCACGCGACGAACGGGAUGCUGGAAGCAUACGGCAGAGAAACAUUGCCGACACUUCUGCAAGAAAUGGAGGAGAUUUAUACUGACGUGUGUUCCAGUUUAACGGAUUGUAUACAGCAAGGAGCUGAAAUUGUUGCCUCCAGGGCCAUGGAGCAGCACAAGAGGUACGAAAGUUUGGUGGUCCAAUGCAAAGCCGUCUCCGGGUCUUCGGAUCUGUCCCAUCUGGCGAGGUCACUUCCUGCCCCUCAGGGACGUGGAUUAAUAAUGAAGAGGCCGUUCGUUCCGCCGCAGCCACCGCCGCCAGAGGCGUCGAAUGGAGGGGAGUACGUCGAGACGCCUAACGAUAAUAUUCCUCCACUGAAAGACGAAUUGGUCAUAGACAGACUAUCAGCUGUUCAACUAAAACCAUCACAUGAUGCUCUCAGCAAGGAAGCUGCAGAUCUAGAGAUCCAAAUUCGUCAGAUUAAGGAUUCCUUGGACACUUUAGUGAGGGUUCAACAACGGUCUGUGGAAGCGUCACUCUACAACAAAGCCAACGAAUUGCAAGAAGAUAUCUCGAUGAAGAGAUUCGAUCUUAGAGUUGCUCACAUGCAUUUAAGUGCCAUCAAUGCGCAGAAAGAACUGUUCAGCAGUAAAUUGGAAGGUGAACGAAGUAGUACGUCUAGUGAUCGUAAAAUGUCAACGAUUUCGCAGGGUAGCAUGAAAACCAAAUGGCUGAAGGCUUUCAAAAGUCUUAAAACACCCCCUCCAGAAUCAGAAAAAAAGAACCAAAUGUACCAUGCUGUGUCUACAAUAAUAUCGAUGAGGAAAAACGGCGCAGCAGCCACAAGAGAACUUCUGAAAGGCGAUCCUGACGCUCAUCACUUCCAAGAGAACACAUAUAAGAAAAUCACCCCUUGCGAUGUUUGCCAGCAAAUUUUACGAGGGCACACUCGGCAGGGUCUGAAAUGUAGAAUAUGCAAAAUGAACAUCCACGUAGAUUGCCAAGAUAAGGCGUCCAAAUGCCAGACAAAGGCGAAGCUGCUGAGGCGACAGAAGUCCACUUCAGAAAUUGAGACCCGUGUUCCUGAAUCUGCACUCGAAGAGGAGCGAGUGCCAGGUUUUUAUGGUGGAAUGACAACAAUAAAUAGGCGAUUAUCAGUUCGAGAUGAAAAUAAGGUGCAAAUACCUUUAAGAAGCAAGAAUUCAACUCAUUCUCUCAUAGAGCCUAACGAGGUGGAUAGGAUUUAUCAAGUAUUGAAACAGGCGACCGAAAUCUCGAAGCCUAGAGUAAACAUCGAAGCACCCGGUAUCACCGUGGACAGGGGGGCGGGGGGUUCAGCCCCCGGCAGCUCGGGCAGCUCCGGACAGAGUCUAAACAGAAGGGGGGGCGUGCCUCCCCCGCAAUCGCCCCAAAGCACAGGGGCCAAUCUGUCCGUUAUCAAUCCUGCUCCUUGUUCGAUCAGUUCAGCUCCUCAUUCACCACGUCGGCAGAAAUUGAAUUUGCGGAUGAAGAGUUUAUCUUUGGACUCCCCCGAAAGCACUGAACAUGCUCAAAGAAGAAGGCAUCAUGGUUCCAAUGCUGCCAGUGACCCUCAUUCUACGCAGAGUUCAUCGUCAAGGAUUCAAUCCAAUCAGCCAUACAAGAUUGCAAAUGGCCAUUAUGUCACAUCUAUCGAAAAUACCUACACAACUCCAUCCAGCCCAGUUCACAAUCGACGUCUAUUAUCAGCGAAAAAUAUCCGAAUGUCCUCCGUUGAAUUGCCAGAUGAGAACGAUAAGAGUCCAUCUUCAGCCAGCACAUCGCCAUGUCCCAGUCCAGUUGGUGGAAGAAAACCUCACCGUCUUCUACCAACAAACUUAUAUGUAGUUCUGUACAACUUCAAAUCGCGUCAUCAAGAUGAGCUGGAUCUGAAAGCUGGCUAUAAAGUUACUGUGAUCGAUACGUCCGAUCCAGAUUGGUGGAAAGGUAAAUGCUUUGGAAGAGUCGGCUUUUUUCCCUCCAAAUACGUUCUGAAGCUCUCGCCAGGGGAGAAACCUUUACAGGUGACACACAACCUCCAGGUCGGCGAAGGUGACAGCGGUAUGAUGUUAUUGAGGGACCAAGUGGUGAUACAAGUGGGUGAAGAAAUAGACGGUAUGGUGGUCAUACGGUCGGGCGACAAUCGGCAGGGCAUUUGUCCCUUAAAAUUCCUGCAGGAGGUGUGACAACCGAAAGACAAGAGUUACGCAGUCUCCUACUCUUACCCCAGUACAAGCAAAUCUUUCCCUUCCCCCCAAGCCUACGCACCUAGGGUUGCCAACCUGAACAAGUAUUAUGGACCACCGAUGGUCCAGAACAACAACAACAACCACGAAGCCUAUAAACCAACGAAGAGAAGCCCAAACUCCGGCAGCAUACUGCAGUACUACUACAACAAUUUCCACAACAAUUUCAAGAACUCAAAGCAGACGAAUGUUUACUACGAGAACGUCCUGAAAAGACGCAGAAACGAACUGGCCUUCCUCCAUGGAAAGGCCCCAUUCUCUUCAACCAAACGCCCGUUGUCCAUAAGGCUAUCCACGCCCAAACACAUCACCAACCUGUUCAGCAAGUUCAACCACAACAAAUCCGAUUCGCAAAAGCGCCCACUUCAAAUGCAGGGUAAUAAUAAUAAUAUUAAUAACAACAUACAAUCAACUAGUGGGAGUAUUUAUUGUAGAUCUAAUCUGAGAGUUUUAUGUAAUAGGAAUGAUUAUGUCCAGAGGCAACCUUCAGUUUAUACCAUUAGUGAGGAUGUUGACAAAUUUAGUUUGUAUGAGAAGAAUCUCUAUAUUUCAUCGAAUUGUAGGCCUCUCUUCGUGAGAAAGUAACUAAGCAAGUAUAGUUCAACCUAUUUUUGUAAAUGUCGUUACACCUAAUCAUAGGAUACUCUGUUUAAAUUAAUGUGAUGUUAAGCACCCCCUUACAUGAUUUCUUCGCCGAGGCCGCAACAAAUGAAAGGUCACACCAAUUUGAAUUAUUAUGUUUCUGGUGUUAUCAUUAUUAUUUCACUGAAUCGGGAACGUUACGGCACUGUUAGUCUGCCGGGAACUGCGACCAAGUUGAUCUUUUGUUCUUUACCCUACCUAUUCAUACAAAGUCAGGGAGGUCGUCGAUGCUUUUAAUAAAACCGAACACAUCCUUAGGAGCCUUGGCUAUUACUACGUGAGUAUUCAGAACUGACUUUCUCUUAUGAGUGGUUUUUAGGCCAGUCAGCUCCGGGCAUUUGCAAAAUAUGUGUUCGUCUGUUUCUACCUCCUUUCCACAGAGUCUGCAAAUCUCAUCUGUUGACUUACAAAAGUUAUUUGCACCAACAGUAUACUGUCAGCAGUCCCACCAUUACACGUGGUAUCUACCGCUCGUAGUAGCUUCAGGAGUUUUCUGGUAUAGGUCGGUGAAAGUACCACAAAUUUUUUUGCAUGGGCAAGAUUAAGAGAAUUUCUUUAGAGGGCUUUUCUAUUAGCCCUCUCUCAUUGUUGGACCGCUGUCUUGUAUUGGAAAUUUCCAAGCCCACAGAAGGGCUCAGGACCAACAGGUAUCAACCUUGAUGUCCUUUUUGCAAGUUCAUCGGCUUUUUCAUUUCUUUCAAUACCACAAUGCCCCGGUACCCAUAGUAGAGUUACUUUAUUCUCUCUGGCCAGUUGCUUUAUUACGGUAUUACGGCACUUCCAUGUGAGUAGAGACCCCUGGCUAUAUGAUUCCAGGGACCUCAGUGUGACCUGGCUGUGCGUAGUGAUGUAAAUAUGCACUCCUUUGAGGUUUCUUUUGAGACACUCUUGGGCGCAAGUGUAGACAGCUAGUGUCUCGAUUUGCAGGGUAGAGGGCUCGCUUCCCAGGGAUCUAGAGAGCCUCGUCUUAGGCCCAUUUACCCUUCUCUGAUUUUGAUCUAUCGAUUUGCCAUAUGGAGGACUUUUUGUCCAAGCGAUUUACUAGUUUAUUCCACUGAGAUGGUCUUCAAUGACCGUAUCAAAGGGUGCUUUGAAAUCGAAGAUACUUGGCAUAACAUCUGAGGGUCGUACCGGGUGUUUUGAAUCCAAUUAAAUCAAUAUCUUAAGGCGGCAGUUUUGUCUAGCGACAGCUCUGAUAAAUUGUUAAAUUUCGUGAUUGAAGAAGAAGAGGACUAUAGGUAAUUAUAGCAUUUAUGUGCAAAAUCCAUGAGUGUAAAACUUCAAGUUUAUAUUUUUAGUAUAUGAAAAUACUUAUAUAUCUAUAAAAAUUUUCUUUGCUGCGGCCUUGGCAGUGAAAAUGACCUUUAGAGAAAUCACAUUGCUCAUCCAUAUUAUCCUAAAUUAUUCCUAAAAAUUAUAUUAAGUGGGGCCACUGGUGCUAUACUACUCCUAAAUAAAUAUUCAAUGUGACAUAUUUAAUUCAUUCCUUUCCUAAUGUGAGUCAACCAAUUUAUAAUAACCAUACAUAUCACAACUGAAAUACUAUAAUCGUCAUGAAACCCACCAUUUUUAUAUCAUAGUUUCAAUCAAAAAUUUCAAAUAUUCAUUAAAAAUAAUAACGAUUAUAUACCUAACAUUAAUUGAGACGAUUGUAAUAUUUCAAUGAGCACAAAGACAUUCUUUGACUUGUUACCUUUUUCAUUUCUAUAUAUAUAUUUUAUAAAAAAAUGUUACUUCUGAAAUUCAAUUCUACUAAAAUGCUUAUAUACGAAUAUUUUAUCAAUGUUACCACUGUAUCAGAAUAGGAUUUUUAAACCUAUAUCCAUCAAAAUGAAACAAUAUUCUAUUCAUGAAAUUUCCUACCACUGUUUUCCAACUUGAUGAAUUUAUUAUUAUAUUCGUGAAAUUAACAAAAGACUGUACUGAAAUUGCAUUGUAUAUUUGCGAUUUUAAUUGGAUACUGAACAUUCUCGAAAUUAACAUGUUCCUAGUCCUUAUAUUUGUUGUUUGAUGCCAAACAGAAUUACAGUACAAUUUCAGAUUCUUGGAGCACGUGACCAAUUUAGGCUUAUGAUAUUGAAAUUUAUGGUGUUGAUAACAAUGUAUUUCAACGAAUUAUUUGAAAGAUUAUUAUGAAAUUGACACGUUUUUAUUAGCUUGAAAUAUGUUCCCAACACAAACUGCACACUGAAUGUAAAACUUCAAUUUAAUAAAAAAUAUGACGUAUC